AUGAAAGCCAAGAUUGAAAAAUUUGACAAUGGCAUCCAGUCCCUUAACGAGUGGAUGAAGCAGUUGGACGAUUCAACCUACAAAAAGCUGGAUCCCUGGCCAGAUGAGCUCUGGUCAGCCUACCGGGCAUACAAAACACUGGUUGACGAGAUCGGUCCGGCAAGGCAGGCAUAUCAAGAGAUUACCCGACAAAAUAUGCCCUGCAGGGACCCCGGGAAACUGGUUGAAAUUGCCGAUCUUGCGAUCAAAUGGGCCGAGGUCGCCCUCAGGGCCACCGAAGGCAGGCUCGAUGUCCUUCAGACAUGGAAACACGUGUAUGACGACGUGCCAGAUGUCAAGAGCCACAUUCACCAGAUUGAGAGCAACCUGUCGUCUGGCAAAAAGCCGUCCAGAAGGUGA